AUGGGUGGAAAAGUAUUAGUGCCAAUUUCUGAACACAUAAACCGUUUAAUUGCUAUCCGUGUUCAAUUUGAUAUCAUGGGUGUCGAGAAUAUUAUUGUCUCUCGAACUGACUCUGAAGCUGCUACACUUCUCACAUCUAAUAUCGACGCUCGAGAUCAUGGAUUCAUUCUUGGUUCAACCAAUCCUAACCUUCUUCCUCUUGUAGAAGUCAUGCGAGAGGCAGAAGCAAAUGGUGUCUCGGGAAGCGAACUUUCUGCGAUAGAACAAAAAUGGAUUAGUGACGCAAAAUUAAAACUUUACAAUGAUGCUGUUGUCGAUGCUAUUAAGGCAUCCAACCUUCCCAAUAAAAGUUCUUGCCUUCAAAAAUGGUCGUCACAACAUCAAGGACUUUCUCACUAUGAUGCUUCCAAAUUAGCGAAGUCGUUGGGUAUUGAUUUGUUUUGGGAUUGGGAUGCACCAAGAUCACGUGAAGGGUUAUACAGAUAUCAAGGUGGCACCAAAUGUGCUAUUAAUCGUGCUAUAGCUUAUGCCCCAUAUUGCGACUUGCUUUGGAUGGAGACGGCAAAACCAAUCCGUGCUCAAGCUCAAGAGUUCGCUGCAGGUGUUCACAAAGUGCAUCCUGAAGUGAUGUUGGCUUAUAAUUUAAGUCCUUCAUUUAACUGGGAUGCUGCUGGUAUGACGGAUGAACAAAUACGUAAUUUCAUCUCUGAUUUAGGUAAAUUGGGCUUCGUAUGGCAGUUCACUACGCUUGCUGGAUUCCAUUCGAAUGCCCUUAGUGUGGAUAUUUUUGCUAAAGAUUAUAAAGCACGCGGUAUGCUUGCGUAUGUUGAAGGAAUUCAACGAAAAGAACGUGAAUUUGGUGUCGAAACCCUUCAACAUCAGAACUGGUCCGGUGCUAAUUAUGUUGAUAAGUUAAUGUUGACAGUCACAGGUGGUGUCAAUGCAACAACUGCCAUGGGUCAAGGUGUGACCGAGGAUCAAUUCAAAAAUUAA